CAAGGCUAGGCUCGAAUUAGCUCGGCCUUAGCUCCAUUCCACUUCGUUUCACCGUGCGUACGAGCUGGUACUUUGGUAGGGAGGUUGGAGUAGAAUCGGUGCGAGUAGGGAAAUAGAAGAUUGCAGAAAUUACACCCUCGUGAGUACGAAAAUGGCGUUGGCUCUUGGAAUGUGCGAAACGCCGGGCUGCAAAGCAGUGGCGAGCCUGCAGUGUCCGACUUGUCUGAAGAUCGGAAUACAAGGAUCGUAUUUCUGCUCUCAGGACUGUUUCAAAGGCAGUUGGAAAACUCACAAGGUGAUUCAUCAGCUUGCUAAGGGUGAAAACGACAGUAAAUCAUCGGGCGAGUACAAUCCGUGGCCGUCGUAUCACUUCACUGGAAAAUUACGUCCGUACAGAAGAGAGUCACGUCGCGAAGUACCAGAGAGGAUUGGUCGUCCGGAUUACGCUACUCAUCCAACUGGUGUUCCGCUCAGCGAACAAGCGGUUAGAAGUUCGGCUCAAAUCAAAGUACUCGACGAUGAGGAAAUUGAAGGAAUGCGAGUCGCUUGCAAGCUGGGACGAGAAGUGCUGGACGAAGCUGCACGCGUCUGCGAUGUCGGUGUUACGACUGCGGAGAUAGACAGAAUCGUGCACGAGGCGUGCAUAGAAAGGGAUUGUUACCCUUCUCCCAUGAACUAUUACGAGUUUCCCGCAAGCUGUUGCACGUCUGUGAACGAAGUUAUCUGUCACGGUAUUCCAGAUAAGAGGCCACUGGAGGAUGGUGACAUUUGCAAUGUCGAUGUCACCGUUUAUCACAACGGAUUUCACGGCGAUUUGAACGAGACGUUCCUGGUCGGUAACGUCAAGCCGGAGAUAAAAAAAUUGGUCGAAGUCACUUACGAGUGCCUCAGCAAGGCGAUAGAUAUCGUUAAGCCGGGCGAAAAGUAUCGCGAGAUCGGUAAUGUGAUUCAAAAGCACGCUCAGUCUCAUGGACUCAGCGUUGUUCGUAGCUACUGCGGACAUGGAAUUCACCGUCUAUUUCAUACAGCUCCAAAUGUCCCUCAUUACGCCAAAAACAAAGCUGUUGGCGUGAUGAAACCUGGGCACUGUUUUACUAUCGAACCAAUGAUUUCGCAAGGCAGUUGGAGGGACGAAAUGUGGCCAGAUAAUUGGACCGUAGUUACGACCAAUGGAUUGUGGUCUGCGCAGUUUGAACAGACUUUGCUAGUGACAGACACGGGAUGCGAUAUACUUACAAAACGUUUGGAGAAAAAUGGACAACCUCACUUUAUGGACCACAUUUAGUAAACGCUGAGAAUAUAUUCAGGGAAACAAAAGACGAAAAAAAAAGAACAUAUAAUUUAGAGACGCAUUUAAAAAACAAACGCCGAGAGUCUGUUACAGUAGGAGAA